AUGCCUCUACUCGCUUCUCUUCCCGUCCUUGGCCCCAAUGACCCCAUCCUAGACUCAAAGACGGUGCGCACAGACCCACAAUAUCGCUACCUCGAAGCCUGUCUGAAGGAGAACCUGCGUAUGAACCCCAUCGCCUCGGAACUGGGUCGCCGUACCACAGACCAAGGCCACAACAUCAACGGCAACGAGAUUCCGCCUUACACGAUUGUGUCGGCCAGCUACAGAGCGCUCCAUCGUGAUGAGAGGUACUGGCCUCAGGCGGAGAGGUUCUGGCCGGAGCGGUGGCUGGAAGGUGAGGAAAGAGAGGACGCACCCGAACCUGAGUAA